UCCCCGUGGACGAAGAUCACGAGUCGUGAAACAGAAAAGUUCACCAUACAGAUUCUUGUUUUCGCGUUUUCCCAUUCGAAACAAGCGCAGAGUGAGCACGAGCGAAGAAGCCUCCAUCGCCACAUUUGCCGAGUUUUUAUUCCAGUGAGUAGUGAGUGUGAGCUUUGUUGUCAUCGUGCUCGCAGUUAUCUCACGCUCACGUACAUCAGUUGCUGAGAGUGGACAAAAGUCGAUGUGCUGAAAAAGUAUGGCCACUAACAACUAUUUUGGAUUUCCGCAUGGUGCAACGCAGUAUGGUACGACGGCCACCGGAACAGCCUACCCGACAACGCAGACGGGUUAUGCAGUAGCAACAGCGGCCGCACCGGCAGCAGCAGCGACCUACGGAACAGCCGCCGCAGCAGCAGCACGUCCGACCGGUUACGACCAGGCCUAUCAAACGGCGCCUACCCCGGGAACAUACGCAACAACUGCAACGGCGACGUACGACUACGGAUACGGUCGUACAACCCAAACGUACGACACCAGUAAGACGUACUACCAGCAAGCGGGAGCUACAGGCUAUACGGCGGCACCGACCGCGUAUGACGCUUCGGCAGCAGGUGCCGCAAAGGUAAUCAACUUCCAACCAGCCACCCAAGCCACGUACGCCGCUCAACCGACGCGCACCACCAUUCAAACGGCCAAGACCGCAGGCGCGCAAUACACAGGUCAACCAACGGCCUACGUUCCGCAAACCACUGGUUACUCUCACACGGUAACCACGGUUAACAACGCUCCGAAAUCGGCUGCAACAGCUCAAACCGUCGGUCAGAGCUCCAACUAUUCCGGUUACGAAACGGCCCUCUACAGCGCUGCAAGCAUGUACGUUGCUCAACAGCAGAACACUAAGCCAGCCAAUAUCGGUGGUCAGCAGGGAACCGGCGGUGGAUGGCAAGGCUACAAGAAAGGCGGCGGUCAGCUGGGAAUGCAUCCGUUCAAGAACCGCAACAAGCCUCCUCCAAAGCCACAACCGAUUCACUAUUGCGACGUGUGCAAGAUUAGUUGCGCCGGUCCACAAACCUACCGGGAGCACUUGGAAGGUCAGAAGCACAAGAAACGAGAACUUCUUUUGAAACAAGCUACUGAGCCGGGCACUGCAACUCCGGCACGGCCACCGAACAGUCUGCACUGCGAGCUAUGCGAUGUGACGUGUACCGGAAAUGAUGCCUAUGCCGCUCAUGUCCGUGGUGCCAAACAUCAGAAGGUUGUGAAAUUGCAUACCAAGCUUGGAAAACCGAUUCCGGCUUGUGACCCUGCUCCCAACACCGAGGAGAAGAAAGAGGGUGACAUUGAUGAACAUGAUGAACAUGUUAAGCCAGUCGGUAGUGAGUACAUUGAGGAAAUCAAGGACGACGAAGGCAAACUCGUCAGCUUCAGUUGCAAGCUGUGCGAAUGCAAAUUCAACGAUCCCAAUGCAAAGGAAAUGCACAUGAAGGGGCGUCGUCACCGUUUGCAGUAUAAGAAAAAAGUUCAACCAGAUCUGUUCGUAGACAUUAAGCCAACGUUGAAGCAGAAAAAGAUGGCCGAAGCUCGUGCCCAUCGUCAGGCUAUGCAGGAGGAAUAUUGGAACCGUCGUCGUAUGGCUGAGGCCGAAAUGGAUGACGGUGAACACGGAAUGCGUCAGUUUGGACGUCAUCCGUUCUUCGGAAUGUUGCCAGGUCGUCGUCCAGAAUCGUCCGACGAUCGUCAUGUUGUGGCACGUCACGCGGAAAUUUAUCCGAAGGAGGAAGAACUUCAAACCAUCCAGCGUAUUGUUUCACACACCGAAAGGGCCCUGAAGCUGGUAUCUGAUGCGAUGACAACUGGCGGCGUCAAGGAGGAAAAGAAGGAAGCUGAAACCGAAAAGAAGGAAGGCAAAGCUGACGAGCAAAACAAGGCUGAUGCGAAUGCGAUGAUAUCCUUCCACAAGGAAGCCGAAGGAAGCAACGUUCGCCUGCUGAAGGGAGUUAUGCGCGUUGGAUUAUUAGCUAAGGGACUCCUCCUGCACGGUGACAACACGGUUCAACUCGUUGUACUGUGUGCUGAAAAACCUACAACCUCUUUGCUGAAACGCGUCGUAACCGAGUUGCCCAUCCAGCUCAAGAAGGUCACCGAAGAGCAAAAGUACACCGUCACCAUGGCUCCGGUCGAGGGUGCCGUUCUGGUAUCGGACGGAACAAUAACGGUGAAAAUCUCUCUCACAUCCCCACUGCUCCGCGAAGAAGCAAACAGUACAGCUGCAAACGAGCAGGUCAACCAGGGCUCGGAAGAUUUACUGCCACGAGAGCCCUGUCUCCAGGCACUAGCCGCCCUGCGACACGCGAAGUGGUUCCAGGCUAGAGCUACCGGUCUGCAGUCCUGUGUGAUGAUUAUGAGAAUCAUGCGUGAUCUUUGCCAGAGAAUUCCCAUCUGGGGGAACAUCUCGCAGUGGGCCACUGAACUGAUCAUCGAGAAGGUCAUCUCAUCUGCCGGUGGACCACUAACUCCCGGUGAGUGUAUGCGUCGAGUGAUGGAAGCGAUUGCUUCGUCGGUUCUGAUCAACGGUCCCGGAAUGUUGGAUCCGUGCGAAAAGGAACCGGAGGAUGCUCUUGCCAACCUUAGCAAACAGCAGCGCGAAGAUAUCACCGUUUCGGCUCAGAUGUUCCUACGGUUCAUUGCCUUCCGGCAGAUUCACAAAGUGCUCGGAAUGGAACCGCUGCCGCCUCCGAAGUUUGUCGGAAAUCGCAACUGGCGCUUCAACCGCAAGCGUAGGCGUUCCGGUACCGAGGGAGCUGAUAGUGAAGCUGAUGGUAAAAUGGUCAAGAAAGAAGAGAACAAAGGUGAGGGUGCCACCAACAAUGCCGUCGUGGACAUGGACACCGAAAGUGGAAAGUAGAUUUGUAGGUUUUCUCCCUUGAUAUGUAAGGUAGGUACUUUUCAGCUAGAAUUUUAACAGACGUGAAAAGAAGGAAAAAAUCUUCGAAAGCAAACUUUUAAGACAGUAAAACUUUCAAAUAUUGGAUUUAACUCUGCUAUGAAACAUAUUAUCUUAUCAUGGUAAUGACAUAAAUAAUUCAUUGAAUGGAAUCAGACAUAAUAAAGAUUAAGACCAAAAAAAAAAAAGGAAAAUGGACAUCAUAAAAUGAUAACAAAAAAAAAUCUGGAUACCUAAAUUGAAAUUUGUUCGUCCUCGAAGAUUAAAUGCAAUAUUUGAAUUGAUACGAGAGACGUAGCCAGACGCCACCAUUUCCUUUUAUUCGCCCCCUCAUCAGGAAUCAUAUUCAGGUGAAUCAGUCAGAAAUAAGAAACCAAAUCCUAGGCAAUCUGUUUGUUGUCAAAGUCAAUUUUGAAAACGAAAAUCCUCUCUGAAAUUUUGUUUCCUAUCCUUGAUUCCUAAAAUAUAACCUUUGCUAUCAAAUUUAGGAAGUGAGAAAGAUGAAUUGUAAGACUAACUUUAAAGAAAAGCAAAAUAACGUUUUGGAAUACAGCAACAGCAAAAAUCAUAAGUGUAUUUAAUCCUCAAUCGAAAUCAGAUAGAAAUUGUAACUAACAUUAACACUGUAUGAACAUUUCGUAUCCUUUGGGAAAAAGUCCUCUUUGAGCAACUGAAAACAGUAUGAUAUUCAAAAGUAACCAUGCAUCCUCCGUUCCACAUGCAA